ACACCAUAUUGUCAUUACACCGGCUGUAUUGCUCACGCGUUGAAGAGUGCAGACGUUGGGUUUCAAUUAGUUCGGAGACUGAGUCUAGUUAUUUUUAUAAGUUUUUGACUUUAUAAUGAUAUUUAAAGUUUAAUUUAGUUAAUGUUUUCUUAUUUCUUCAUCUUCUUUGUAAAUUUUUAAACAACCCGUUCUCUGAAUGGCAGAGGAGAUGCCAGCUAAGACACAUGGAGUUGGAGUUUUCUUAGAGUUAAGGAAAAGGCUUCAGAGUGGAAUUCUUAUUGUCGGGAAAAAUGUGGCCAGAUGUCCUGCAGAUGUGGUUGUGACAGGGCAAGAUUCCUCCCUCCACAUCAAGACUCCCAGAGGUGAGCUGAGCCUGCGAUUACCUGCAGGAGUCGCCUUCGUUCAGGGAUCCUGCAUCUCGACGCCCUCAGGAGAAUCCGGUGAAGAGGAACUGCAUUUCAGACUGCGCAUCACUGCCACAUGCGGGACAGAUGAAGACGCCUCUGACAGCGUGAUGGAAACUCUCAGAGCAAAAGAGACUUAUUGCUUCUACUGCCAGGGCUGCACGACCAGGCUGCUUGAGGACAGGGUUUUUAAGCGAGUGCUUCCUCUGCCUAAUGGUAACUGGAACUCUAUCGUGGAUGAGUGGUGUUGUCACCCCGAUCCAUUUGCCAACAAGAAGCUGCUGCCCCGAGCAGAGGAUUGUCUAUUGGGUGACACCUUUGUCCUCCUGGCCCGUGAUGGCAGCUGUGAACAGACACUGAGUGAGGAAGCAAGUGCUGUUAACACAGUGGACAGUCAAGAACCAAAGAAAACCUGCCGCCGUCUGGCACUCAUCUCCUGUGCAAGCUGUGCAUCAGUGUUGGGAGAGGCCGUCGCACCAGAGACGCUGAAACUAUACAUCACACAGGUGGUGGUGGAGCCCGCUGUGGGAGAUCGAAAGCCAGAAGCUUCACUGAACAGGUCUCUCUUCUUGGAGAGGACAGUAGCAGCCAGACUACUGAAGCUGUCCAACUCACUUAGCAUCUUCCACUUCUCUGUUCAGACGCCUGAUGAAAAAGCUUUCUUACUGAUCUGGCUGCUGAACAGCGACUCCAUCAUGGCCUCCGUCCCAGAGAAGUGCGUCGGGGAUGAAAGGUCCAUCAGCUCGCCUGCUCUUCACAGUCCAUCACCCAGAGCUGCCAGAGCCCUGAAACUUCUCUACAUCACCUGCUCUGACGCAGGCAUCCCGCAGAAAGAGAUCAUUACAAGUUGGGAGGUCAAUGCCAUCGGGCAUCCCUUGGUGCUGCCGCUGAAGGUGUGUGAGGAGCUGCUGCAAGUGAUAGAUGACAGCAACUCUGUGCUUCCUGACUCGAUGCGUUGCAUGAGGUCCUAUGAGGUUGCGUACCUUAGACUGUGAGGACGAACCAGAAGGUUAUGACGCUGCUCAUCCCUCACAACGGUGUUUUCAGAAAGACCUGGAACAGAUGAUAGAGGAACCCAUCUGAGCUUCGACAUGGACUGCUUCUCUUGAUUCAGAUCAGUGUGAGGAAAAGUUAACUGCAGAGGGAAAUACAGAAAGUAUCUUGUGGUUCCUGUUAAACAGGAUGCUGUUUUUGUUUUAUUCAAAUGUAUGUGUAAAUUGUACAUUGAUCCACUUUCUUUCAUACCAUCUUCAACAAAAACAUGAUAAAACUUGUGUUUUUUAAAGAA